ACCCGGAAGUCGCCCAUCCUGCAUCCUGCUCACAGCUGCAGUCGGCAAAUCGGAUGACGCACGAGCGCUGUGGAUGAGGAGAGGACACAAAACUGCAGCAGCGUCUUAUAAUUUGAAGGAAAACUGAAAUGGGCACCUCCGACUCAAAACUGAACUUCAGGAAAGCAGUGAUACAGCUAACAACCAAAACACAGCCUGUGGAAGCCACAGACGAUGCAUUCUGGGACCAAUUCUGGGCAGAUACUGCCACCUCUGUCCAGGAUGUAUUUGCGCUCGUGCCAGCUGCUGAGAUCCGAGCUGUCCGAGAGGAAUCACCCUCCAACCUGGCCACCCUCUGUUACAAGGCUGUAGAGAAGCUGGUUCAGGCGGCAGACUCUGGCUGCCCCUCAGAGCAGGAGAAACAGAUCGCUCUGAACUGCGCCCGCCUCCUCACCCGUGUCCUGCCCUACAUCUUCGAGGACCCAGACUGGAGGGGCUUCUUCUGGUCCACGGUGCCCGGUGCUGGACAGGCCGGGAUGGAUGAAGGCGAGGAUGACAGUGCCCGCCCCCUGGCUGAGUCUCUUCUCCUGGCCAUUGCUGACUUGCUCUUCUGUCCUGACUUUACUGUGCAGAGUUACAGGAAAGGGGGUCCAGACACAGCUGAGGACAUUCACACCAUCGACAGCUGUGAGUACAUCUGGGAGGCAGGGGUGGGCUUUGCACAGUCCCCGCCCCUCAACUACAUCCACGACCUCAACAGAACGGAGCUGUUGAAGCUGUUGUUAACCUGUUUCUCUGAGGCGAUGUAUCUGCCUCCCUCCUCUUCUGAAGACAGCAUCGUCAAUCCCUGGGUGACCUUCUUCUGCUCCACAGAGAACAGACACACGCUUCCUCUCUUCACGUCCCUGCUGAACGUGGUGUGCGCCUACGACCCCGUGGGGUACGGCAUCCCCUACAACCACCUGCUGUUCUCUGACUACCGGGAGCAGCUGGUGGAGCACGCCGUGCAGAUCCUCAUCGUCACCCUGGAGCACGGGACCCCCGCCGCGGACCCCUCCUCCUCACCCCCCCCCUCUCCCUCCAGCAUGGACGAGCAGGAAUCUGUGGGGCCAGACAACCUCUUUGUGAAUUACUUAUCCAGAAUCCACCGGGAUGAGGACUAUAACUUUGUCCUGAAAGGGCUGGCUCGCCUACUGACCAACCCUCUGUCCCAAACCUACCUGCCCAACUCCACCAAGAAGAUCCAGUUUCACCAGGAGCUUCUCAUCCUCUUCUGGAAGCUCUGUGACUUCAACAAGAAAUUCCUCUUCUUUGUGCUGAAGAGCAGUGAUGUCCUGGACAUCCUGGUGCCCAUCCUGUACUACCUGAACGAUGCUCGGGCUGACCAAUCCCGCGUUGGCCUCAUGCACAUCGGUGUGUUCAUACUGCUGCUGCUGAGUGGGGAGAGGAAUUUCGGGGUGCGUCUCAACAAACCAUACACCAUGCAUGUCCCCAUGGACAUCCCAGUGUUCACCGGGACCCACGCUGACCUGCUCAUUGUGGUUUUCCACAAGAUCAUCACCAGCGGACAUCAGCGCCUGCAGCCGCUCUUUGACUGCCUGCUCACCAUCGUGGUCAACGUGUCGCCCUACCUGAAGAGUCUGUCCAUGGUGGCUGCCAACAAGCUCCUCCACCUGGUGGAGGCUUUCUCCACCACCUGGUUCCUCUUCUCAGCCUCGCAGAACCACCACCUGGUGUUCUUCCUGCUGGAGGUCUUCAACAACAUCAUCCAGUACCAGUUUGAUGGCAACUACAACCUGGUGUACGCCAUCAUCCGCAAACGCAACAUCUUCCACCAGCUGGCCAACCUGCCCUCCGACCCCGCCUCCAUUCAGAAGGCCCUGCAGAGGAAGAAAAAGUCGCCCGACGCCAUUUCCCGCACCAGCUCCCAGGAGACGGUUUCAAUGGAGGGCUCGCGCCCCGCAGUGCCCGCGGAGCCUGGCACGCUGAAGACCAGCCUUGCUGCAACGCCAGGUAUAGACAAACUGACAGAGAAGUCUCAGGUGUCGGAGGACGGGACCAUGGUUACUGUCACACAGAUGGACUCUCCUCAAACCCCCCCGUCAGACCACAGUGGGAUCGCAGGUGCCAGUGACACAGAGUCCAAUUCGGGAAGGGACAAUGAGGAUGUUUUCUAUACGGAGUCGGAGAUGGAGAGGAGACGCAUGUCCAGCACGUCAUCGGCUACUUCCUGGACCCCCACCCCAGACUGGGUCUUGUCUUGGAAGAUUAAGCUUCCCCUGCAGACCAUCAUGCGGUUGCUGCAGGUGCUAGUUCCACAAGUGGAGAAGAUCUGCAUUGACAAAGGCCUGACGGACGAGUCUGAGAUCCUGAAGUUCCUCCAGCACGGCACGCUGGUGGGCCUCCUGCCCGUGCCGCACCCCAUCCUCAUCCGGAAGUACCAGGCCAACGCCGGCACCGCCACCUGGUUCCGCACCUACAUGUGGGGCGUGGUCUACCUGCGCAACGUGGAUCCUCCAAUCUGGUACGACACGGACGUCCGUCUCUUCGAGAUUCAGAGGGUGUAGGAGAGCAAGGGAGGUAGCUAAAGAGAGAAACGGAGGGAAGGAAAGGAACGGGAGCAUUGGCUUAUAUAACUCAUUCCCCUUUCAUCCCUCUCCUUCUGCCCUCGCAAACAACCCACAAUCCCCCUGCUCUGGGUCUCUCUGAGGAAGAGAAGGAGGAGGAGGAGGAGGAGGAAGGAAGGCCACCGGGUCUCUCGCUUGCAGGGAGAUAUCAGACAUAAUGUGCAUCUUCCUCGCUUGUGUGUGUGUGUGUGCACCCAAGCCUUUUGUGUCGAACACAAACCUCAGCCCUAUCAUUUGAUGAGUGGAUGUUUGAAAUGAGCGUCAUACUGCUCAAUGUGCAAGGCUGCUUUUCUGUAUUUGUUUCCUCUUUAUAGUGAGUUUGUAGCUCCGGCCCUCUUGAAGCCGCUUACAACCACUUGGCUGGUUUAAGUUGUCUCUGGCAGUCGCCUGUGUGAAAUGAUUGUACGGGUCAUUCUGAAAUCGCAGCUUUUGUUCUGUUGUCGGCACUAUGUAAGGCAGGGGUGCACAGCAAGGGCCGAUCCGCUUCAGGAUUUUGUGCCAACUUCGGCUCUUAAUUAUUAAAUUAGCGAAAUCAUUUCUUGAUCAGAUAUUUGUAUAUACAUCUGCCACAGCUGCAGACUGCAAGUGUAUCGUAAAGAGUCUACUCUGCUCAAGUACAGGAGUGAACCAGCAUAAUUUCUAGAGCUGUCAUAAAUUAAGCUAAUUGGUUGGAACAAAAACCAGCUUGCAGACCGGCCCCCCUGGACGGAGUUGUGCACUUUUGAUGUAAGGAGAAAUGAGGUCCCGUCCCGUAAAAGUGACGGGGAGAGAGACGUCGCCGUAAUCUGCAAAGCAUGCUAAACGCAACUUCACGUAAUCCGCCGUUAGCAUCCAGCGUUUCUCCGGUCGUGUAUGUCCAGCAGAGGUUAAGUGAAAAGGAGUGGCAGAGGUUCAGGAGGACACACCUGGGUGCCUGAGUGACAGCCACUGAACGCUGUGAGCUGAAGGUGUCCAACCAAGCGAUUCGUUGUUUAUUAGCGUCUAUUCAGAGAAGCACAUCAAGCAUGAGAGCGUGCAUCUCUCGUCCAGUGCCGAGUAUACCCCCGCUGUUCUGACUCCUCUCUGUAUAAGCUACGGAUUCACUGUUAAACCCAGUGAUUUACCUCAGUGGAAGGGGGGGGAAAUGUAAAACAUUUAAAACUGUUCUGGGAAAGGAGGGGGGAGGGGAAGUUGCACAUUUCCAUUAUGGUUUAUGAUUGUCAUAAACCACAGAUAUCUCUGCCUGGAAUGUAUACAUUGUUCUGGGGCAGGGACUAGCCAAGCCCGCCUUCAGCACGCUCCCAACAUAGUAGCAAUGCUUCCGUGACAACCAGGAGACGCUGCGUGGUUGUGGUUGAAAAGUAGUGAGGCCUGUGAUGUGUAUUUUUGUGUGUGGGGGUGAAACAACCAGUUGAAAAUGGUAGACUACUGUACAAUAAAAUAACAAUAUCUGGCUUAAUUGUCCCUUACCUAUAAAACCCUCCUUUUCUGAUUGUUUUUAAAUGUUGAACCUUGGAACUGCACAGUGGAGUAUUGACAGGGUUUCUGUACAUGUACACUAUGUAUGUUGUAUGAAUACAGGAAUAUUUAUCCUUUAUGAUGUGUAGAGUAUAUUAUAAAGUACUUCUAUGAACUCA